AUGGCGACUGACCAUGAAGGAAUACUUGUCCCCCCAAAGCGGGCUAAUACCGAUUAUCCGCUGAUCGACUCUGACCCACAUUUGAAACGAGUUUUUGGGUACGCGCGACCUUCUGACUAUGCAGUAGGUGGGGGAAUGGCAGCCGUCUCUCCUCUUGCAUUCUGGGCCAUGGAGAGAGUGAGCCCGUCCCAUGUUGGCAGGGGAGGGUUUGCUCCUGUAAUGCGACUAGCUACAGCAAUUGGUCUUAUUGGGGGUCUGCAUGUGUUUUAUCAGAGAUCUUGCAGCCGUUUCUAUGGAUUCACCGAAAAUUCCAGAGAAGUUGAUAUGGACAUGAGGGAAAUGGUUGACAAAGUCAAAGCAGGAGAACCUUUAUAUGGUACAUCCAGGCUCUCCCCAUACUUGCAAGGUGUUGCUGCCCGGAACUCUCGUUAUUCGGAGCUAUUCAUCCAUGUUAUCCCAUGGUUUAAUAUUGUGAACCACGACCAGCAUGGAGUCGAUACGGCUAAAUAUUAUCAGCAAGCUGAGCGCGAACUUGAAGCCGAACGGUUGAAAUAG